AUGAGUGAUUCAAAACGUCAUGGAACCCGGAUUUUUAAAAAGUCUACCCCAAACGGAAAGGUGACUGUCUAUCUGGGGAAACGUGACUUUAUUGAUCAUUUGACUCAUGUUGAUCCUAUCGAGGGUGUUGUAUUAAUUGAUCCAGAAUAUGUAAAAGGUCGCAAGGUUUAUAUUCACUUGCUCUGUGCUUUUCGACAUUGUCGGGAUUUUGAUGAAUUUCAUGGAAUCAAUUGGCAUAGGGAUUUAUUUCUCAACACCAAACUAGUCUACCCUACAAGGACUUUUGACGAUGACAACUCCCAACCUAGAAUCUCAAGGCUCCAGGAACGACUGGUUCGAAAACUUGGCCCGGAUAGUUACCCUUUUACAUUUAAGGUACGUUUAAGUUCUGAUCUUUUUAACUUUUAUUUUUUGCGCUCGUAA